GGAGCUGAGUUUGCAGGCUGACAGGGAUGCAAAGGGCUGGUGGUGCUGAUGUCAGAGCCAGAAGACAGUUGUGAUUGGACCUAAUUAGACUUUGCAGCAGCAAAUAGACAAGCUCCCUGCGUGAUUGGCUUCAAAGUGGCUGGUGCCAAACAACUAGCAGACGAGCCAAAGUAGGAGCCCUGCGUUCGCUGGGAGCCCGGUCCGGAGCGGCCGCCUGGAGGAGGAGGGCAGCGGGGAGGGGGCGCACCUCCCCGCCGAGUCCUGUGGAGGAGCUGCUGCCGGCCGGGGUCCCCCCGCCCGAGCUGGCCGAGAACAGCUGGGGAGCAGGAGCGGGAGCCCGAGGCUCGUCCUGAAAAGUGAGCCCGCUCCCGGCCCGCAGGCAUCCGGCAGCGCCGGGCCAGCAGCAAAGGUGAGCUGCUGGGGACCGGGUCCCUCCCGGCUCUGGCGGCUGCGUCUCGGGCCAUGGCCUCGGUCCUGGGCACCAGCAGAGGGGCCGGAGGAGGGCUGAGCGGCCAACUCAAAUGCAAGUCCCAGAGGAGACGGCGGCGGUCCAAGAGGAAAGACAAAGUAACCAUGUUGUCAGCCUUCAUCGCUCCCUUCAAGCACUUAAGCCCCGGGGCCACCAACACGGAGGAUGAAGACAAUCUAAGUACCAGCAGCGCGGACGUGAAGGAAAACCGCGUGAGCAACUGGGAGGCGAGGCCCCUGGCCGCCAGCGACAGGGCCAGAGGCGGCACGCCCGGCGUGAAGCGGAAGAGGCCUCUGGAGGAGGGCAACGGUGGCCACCUGUGCCCCCUGCAGCUCGUCUGGAGGAAGCUCUCGUGGUCCGUGGCGCCCAAGAAUGCGCUGGUGCAGUUGCACGACCUACGCCCGGGCCUGCAGUACCGCAUGGUGUCCCAGACCGGCCCCGUGCACGCGCCCGUCUUCGCCGUGGCCGUGGAGGUCAACGGGCUCACCUUCGAGGGCACGGGGCCCACCAAGAAGAAAGCCAAGAUGCGGGCGGCCGAGCUGGCGCUCAGGUCCUUCGUGCAGUUCCCCAACGCCUGCCAGGCCCAGCUGGCCAUGGGCGGUGGCGCCGGGCCAUCCACGGACUUCACCUCCGACCAGGCCGACUUCCCCGACACGCUGUUCAAGGAGUUCGCGCCCGCCGCCCCCAGCGAGGCCUUCCCCGGCCGCCGGCCCGCCGACCCCGGGCUGCUGGCCACGGCCUGCCCGCGGGGCCGGCUCCUCUGCCACCCGCUGGAUCUGGUGGGCCCUGCGGCCCCGGGCGACAGGAACCCCGUGGUCGUGCUGAACAAGCUGCGCUCCGGCCUGCGCUACGUGUGCCUCGCGGAGCCGGCCGAGAAGCAGCGGGCCAAGAGCUUCGUCAUGGCCGUGUGCGUGGACGGCAGGACGUUCGAGGGCUCAGGACGCAGCAAGAAGCUGGCCAAGGGCCAGGCGGCGCGGGCCGCCCUCCAGGCCCUCUUCGACAUCCGGCUGCCGGGCCACGUCCCCAGCAGGAGUAGAGGUCAGCUCCUGCCCCAGGAAUUCGCAGACUCCGUGUCCCAGCUGGUCACACAGAAGUUCCGCGAGCUGACCGUGGGCCUGGCGUCCGCGCACGCCCGCCACAAAGCACUGGCAGGGAUCGUCAUGACCACAGGCUUGGACGUCAGGCAGGCACAGGUCAUCGUCCUGUCCUCGGGCACCAAGUGCAUCAGCGGCGAGCACAUCAAUGACCAGGGGCUGGUGGUCAAUGACUGCCACGCGGAGAUCGUGGCCCGGAGGGCGCUGGUCCACUUCCUGUAUGCACAGCUGGAGCUUCACCUCAGCAAGCGGCGGGAGGACUCAGAGCACUCGAUAUUCGAACGGUCCAAGGACGGCGGCUACCGGCUGCGGGACAACGUGCUGUUCCAUCUCUACGUGAGCACGUCCCCCUGUGGAGAUGCCAGGCUGCACUCACCCUAUGAGAUCACGGCCGACCUCAACAGCAGUAAACACAUCGUCAGGAAGCUCCGUGGACAUCUACGCACCAAGAUCGAGUCUGGGGAAGGGACCGUCCCCGUCCGGGGCCCCAGCACCGUACAGACAUGGGAUGGCGUCCUGCUGGGUGAGCAACUGGUCACCAUGUCCUGCACAGACAAGAUUGCCAGGUGGAAUGUGCUGGGACUGCAGGGCGCGCUGCUCUGCCACUUCAUCGAGCCCGUGUACCUGCACAGCAUCAUUGUGGGGAGUCUGCACCACACCGGCCAUCUCUCCCGGGUGAUGAGCCACCGGACCGAGGACAUCGGCCAGCUGCCGACCUCCUACAGGCACAACCGGCCCCUCCUCAGUGGUGUGAGCCAUGCCGAGGCGCGCCAGCCUGGAAAGUCCCCACACUUCAGCGUGAACUGGGUGGUGGGCAACACCGACGUGGAGGUUAUCGAUGGCACCACCGGCAGGCGGAGCUGCGGGGGCUCCUCGAGGCUCUGCAAGCACGUGUUCUCCGCGCGGUGGGCGCGGCUUUACGGAAAGCUGAGCACACGGAUUCCGAGCCACGGAGACACGCCGUCUGUGUACUGUGAGGCCAAGCGGGGGGCCUGCACCUACCAGUCUGUUAAGCAGCAGCUGUUCAAGGCAUUUCAGAAGGCCGGGCUGGGCACAUGGGUGAGGAAGCCGCCCGAGCAGGACCAGUUCCUACUAACCCUCUGAGCCACCGGACCUGCGGUUCCCGGAGCGGAGUGGGCGCCCGGGCAGGGCGGGGUGAGUGCGCGUGCGUGGGGCGGCAGGCGGUGCUCACCGGCUCUUCCUGCUCAUUUCCCCUUGGUGUUCCAGAAGCACAUGCGUGGCCAACGUUCGACGGGCAGCUAGACUCAAACCGGGAGCGUACUGCUCCCACGUUGUCAGAAGCCGGGCGGCCCCCCGACCUGGAGGCGCAGGUGCAGCCAACUCUUCCUGGUGUGUCAAAGGGAAAGCUUCCGUUCAGGCUAAAGGGUCUGAGGUGCAGCCUUGAACAGCGGAGCCGAGGGCUGCGGCUGGAAACGAGCCUCGGGCACCGUUCCCUGGGUCUUCCUCCCCGCCACGCGCCUCGGGCGACGCGUCUGGUUCUCUCUAGCACAAGCUGACACGAUACUUCAGGAUAAGCCACAAUGAAGAGAAAAGCCAUGGGCUCCUCUCCAAAGAAGCCAACAGAAAGCUCUACCACCCUCAUUACUCACUUAAGUUUUAACCCCACCUCCUUUCACAGCAGAUUCAAGAUGUGCAAUGCUGAAGAACCCCUAAGCCAGAACCAGAGAAAUGAAGUCCAUUCUUGCAGAGCGAAGGAACAGGGCCCACAGCACCCGUGAGCAGAGAUGUAGGACGUGGGCAGACUGCACUUCCAGAACUGUGUGCCACAGACCACCCCUGUACCUGGACCGGUCCCCACCGGUCCUCACUGGUCCCCACCGGUCCCCACCAGUCCUCAACAGUCCCCACCAGUCCCCACCGGUCCCCACUGGUCCCCACCAUCCACACCCAGACCAGUCCCCACCGGUCCCCACUGGUCCCCACCAGCCACACCCGGACCAGUCCCCACUGGUCCUCCCCAGUCCCCACCAGCCACACCUGGACCACAGUCUCUGUGACGGGUGCCCACAGCUGCUGGCAAUGUUUGAGCUGUUACGGGUUAACUACCCCACAAGCCCCUCACCAGGUCACAAGGACACCAAGUCUUGGACCACACUCUGACUUUUAACUAAAUUUUUAUUAGUGAGUGAGCAAAGAAAAAACAUCCAGAGCAACCUUUACUUGGAGCUUGAGAAGUAUCAGCUCUCUAUUGCUUUGGGUCCCCUGAUCACCAUCUUGCAUGACCAAAAAAAAAAAAAAAAAAAUCACAUAAUGCAGCUGCUGAAAUGCAAGAGGCAGGAUUCUGUCCCCUUCAUGGCAGGUGCCAAACAACCAGACCAUUUGGGCUUUAGCCUGUGGCACCCUUCUUAAGAGUCAGGGCGAGGCCACAUGGCCUGUCCACACCAGAGGGAGGCAUUUCUCUUACACACCUUCGUUCCAUCCAGGUACCUUGAAUUGUUCUACUCUGACCACUAAGGACUCAUUUCUAACAUCUAACAUGCUACCUAACAGGCCUCUAAUUUCUCCAACAGAAGAUCCACAUCUGCAAGUCACUGUGGCAAACAGCAAAGCUUCACAGUAGCCAGCGCUGGGCAUGGGCCUCCUGGUUAGAAUCCCAGCUGGCCACCCAUGGGCGCACACCCUGAAAACACAGGAUUGCCCCAUAACGCAAGAAAUGUGAGCACAACAUCAUGCAGUAGAUACUCAAGUACAGAUUGCAGAUCUAACAGCGAGGCAAAAAUGAAACAAAAUAUGUUUUAGAGACUUGUUAUGGGCUAACAAGUAGAGGUGUUAGUAUGGAAGCAAACUCUCUCUAGGACUUAAUAUAGAGUCAGACCCAUUGUUCAAGUUCUUCCAGAAAAGGAAAUGGCCACUGAGUGCACAAGUUCCUCAAGACAAAGUUUUGAAAGAUAUGAAAAUGUUUUUGCAAACAUAAGACCCAUACCAAUCUUUCAUAAAAGUUGAGGAAAUAACAAUGAAAUGUUAACUCAGUAUAAAAGCUAUAGUCAAAUUGCCACUUUACAUUAGUUUCUGAUAGUCUGACAUGUCACCAGGAGGAAGCUUAGGGACGCAGAAACCCAGAGCUGACUUAUGACUUAGACUCUGACUCGCCCUUCUCCGGAGCCCUCCUCUGAAAGGAAGGAGGUGCGGUCGAGUCCUGGAGGAAACCUGUGUCCUGAACCUUCCAUUACUGGCAUUCUGAGCUGUUGCUUUAUAUCAACGUGCUCCAAAUAAUGGUCCUUCCACCCAGAGGAGCCAACAGCAGCAGCAGGAGCCAGAGGACAGACGCCAGACAGAUCCAUCCACAAACCACACAGCGGGUUCCACCAGGAGAUCUGACCCCGGCAACUUGGGUGGCGCUCAGCUCGCUAAUAACAGACACUCCCAUAAGGGCCGAACUGUGGCUAUCUGGUCACCAUUCAUUUCAUCUGAGACACUGGCUCUCCAGAAGCGUCACUAAAAUAUAAGUAUCUCCUUCUGGAGAAAGCCAGACCUCAGUGCCAGCAUAGGACUCGUCCAUCAGGCCAGAGGGGACAUCCUGCAGGGAGAGGAGAUGGCUCCACAGAGGAGGUUGACAGCGGCAGAGGCAUUGGCACGGCAGCAGGAAGCCCCGAGCGAGAGCCUGAGCAUGGUGCGAGGUGCAUGUCCAGGAGUGGGGACGGACAGGGCCAUGGAGAGGAGGCGCUGGCCCAGGCUCUGGGCGCACAAGGGGGUGGGGGGAAGGCAGGAGAGCAGGGCUGACCAGAAGGCUGGCCCGGCCAACGGGAGGCCAGUCACAGGGUUCUGCUGUGGCACCUGCUUAAGGCUGGAGGGAUGGGCAGCACCAGCCUGGAGAUGAGGCGGCCUGCGGAUUUCACUCUGUACUUCAAAGUCCAUGAGAACACCCAACACCACUUUGGGUCAGAGGCCAGGCCAAUGCCGCGGCGUCAACGGUGAGUCACAGCCUGGGGAGGAGCCCGCAGACACCUCGCCACCUUGGGCUUCCGGACGGAAAACAGAGCUCAGGUAUGUGAUGUGUGACCUUCAGGCGCCCCAAGGCCACGGAGCAGUGUCAGGGGCCUGCUGGCAUCUAGGCCUGUCUGAACGCACCUCACAGCCGCUGGCUCAGAGUCCUCUGUUCUCCACCUACUGCACCUGCGACUCCAGUCCAAAUAAAAGCAACACCACCUCUGUCAGCCUCCAAAGCACACGCUGCAUUCCUGGCAGGGAGGUCAGCAAAGGAAGGCUUCCUGUCUGGCUCUCAGCCACAAAGUCAGUAUCUGCAAGCAUUUCCAUGGGACUACGUCCAAGGGGGAAGGUCACUGGGUCACAGAGCCCCGCCUGUCCAUUCCUAGCACGUGGUCGAGAAGGUCACCCGGUCACGGAGCCCCGCCUGUCCAUUCCUAGCACACGGCUUCACUUCAAGGUACUGACUGGAUCUAGGGUUUCUUUGGUUUUUCUUUUUGCCACAAGGAAAGGAUUUGCAGGUCUAGAAGUAUUGUUUCUUUUUAUACUUGUGGGUCUUUUCAGGUCUGUAUAUACCUAUCAUGUCACUACUGAGUUUGUGAGUCUUGCUGUUCCUCAGAAAUGUCAAGUUCUUCCCAUAUAAUUUCUCAUAUGAUUUCCUUUUCACAGGAAGCUGUUCUUAUCAAUACGGUCAAAUGGCUGUUUUGGGUUUGAUUUUUGUUUUUUGUUUGUUUGAGGUUUUUUUUCUAUAGUGUUUACCAUGUCUGGAGAGCCAUAAACAGUAAAUACAUGGUAUAUCAAUGCCCAGAAUAGAAUAGUUAGAGUAUUUUGAUGAAACACUAUUUUUAGAUUAUAAAUUUCAAGAUGUAUCUAUAGUAUCUUGUUUUAAAAAAUUUAAAAAGACAUUUGAAACUUAGACAUUUAUAAUUUAGGGAAACUUCUAUAACCAUUUUUUAAGAAGCCAUUCUAAUAAAAUCAUCUAAUUGGCCCAAACACAAUAAAUAUCUCUUUCUAAUAAAGACCAAAGGGAAGUCAGGACAAGGCUGUUUUCACAUACCGCCCCUUGAUACCACAACCGCCUCAGGGGACACGAAGCAAACCAGUGUCCCUUUGCUGGCUCCUCCGCCACCCCCACCCCUCAGUAGAGUCUGUGGAGUCAUAACCCAGCCAGGGUCAGGAAGGUCCGCUGUCUGCACUCCUGGACAGGCUGUCCAGCUUUGAGAUCUUACGGAGCUCACGGAGAAAGUGAAAAUUUAAAGCUCUGUGUUUCAGGAAAGGCUUUGGGGGACUAACCCACCCCUGUGAGGCCCCCCUGGUGUUCUGCGCCCUCCCAGACACGGGUGGGGGUGGGGUACCCAGAGGGCAGGAGGGAGGAGGGCAGGGCUGGGGCACACUCGCCGGUGCUGUCCAUGGUGCUGCCCAAAGGGCUGUUCCCAGCAAUGCGGGGAUCUUGUUGGCUCCCGUCAAACUGCUCCCACAAAUUCUGAUUCACAUAAAGGGAGGAUUGGGGGGCUGGGGGUGAAGAAGGGUGCAAAAGAUGCAGGUUAUCCAGAGGCGGCCCAGAACAGAGGAGCACCUCCCCGUUCUGGGAGACCAGAGAUUCGAGACCAGACCUACCUCCACCUCUUAUCCUCCCAACAGAGCGCCUCCGCUGUCUCCCUCACAUUUCCCUCCCCCUCCCCUUCCUCUUCCCUGUUUUAGUGCCUGCUCUCCCUACCCUAGACCUGUGAUUCCUGGUGCAGCUGAGCUCCAGACCUCAGGCUGUCCACCCCUGAGCUCCACGGCGCUGACCUGUGCAUCAGACUGAUGCCAAGGCACGUCCAGGGGCGGAGGGUCUACUGGAGUCCUUUCUUGGACUCCUGCAACACGUCCAUUAGUCCGAACUGCCACCAAAGGGUCACUGACGGCCGAGUCUCUAGAAAGCUAGACCAAACAGCAGCACCUGCAGGGAACUACAGACAGUGUUGGCCCCGGAGAAAGAAAUUCCUUAUUUCCCAACUCAUUUCAAAAUCAAAGUUGCAGGGAUGAAACACUCUCUAAAGAUAAAGGUAAAAUGAUCUGGGUUCAAUGGCCUCUUUUCAUACAGGCACUGGAUCUUACCAUUCUGCCCUAUGUGCAUCGAUAACAAACAAACACAAACACUUUCCCAGCAGUGCCCACUUAAUUUUCAGCUAAUUUUCAGCAUUUUGUAAGCAAAUGAACUUAAUAAAUAGUAAUUCUUAAGCAAAGGUAUGUACAUAAAAAGCAUGGGUGAAUGGCAAUAUUGGAUGUACAUUUGUAAUAUUUGUAAAAAAACAAAAACAAAAAAACAAACCUCCAAAACCUUAAAGUAUUAAUUUACACGUUAAUUUGCUUCUAAGUGCUGGAAACUGCACUUCAGUGAUAUCUGAUAAGUGAAUGUUUCUGUUAAGUGAAUAAAAACAUCGAGUAAA